AUGGCGACCGCCGAUGACGACGCACCCGUAACGUCGGUGGCGUCCCACGAGGAUGUGCUCGAAUUCUGGUUCGACGGAGACGUCGAUGUGAGUGCAAGACAGUGCCCCGGACCCGCACCGCCGACGAGUGAAAAACCACCGCCGCCUGAUUCGCCCCAGACGUUCCGUCCAUCGGUCCGUCCGUCCCCACGCGCGCAUCUCACGUGUCCGCGCCCCACACCCGACCACGCAUCGCAGGAAAACUACAAGCGCAAGUGGUUCCCAGCCGGAGACAGGACCGGCGAGAUGCAGAAGAGGGUCGACGACGCCAUCUCGCAUCGCUUCGGCGCCACCCUGGCCGCGGCGGAGCGAGGCGACCUCGACGCCUGGGCGGACGCGUCCCCUUCCCACGCGGUCGCUUUGGUCGUGACCCUCGACCAGUUCUCCCGGCACGUGUACCGCCACGCGCCGGAUAGGGACGCGCGCGUGGCGAAGUGCGACGCCAAGUGCGUGGGCGUGGUGCAGACGUGCGUGGAGAGGGGCUGGGACGCAAGGGUGCCCACGCCGCAGCAGGUGUUCCUGCUCAUGCCCUUUCGCCACACGCAGAAGGACCUGCCGCGCCUCAGGCUGGCGUUGGGAAGGCUGGACGCCAGGCGGGAGACCGAAGCGCAGUGCGCGGAUUUACUCGCCAAGUUUCGCCGCACCACGCUGCGGUGCCUGCAGGACCUCGAGGGCAAGCAGCACGUCGACGGAGACGACAUCUUAGAGUUUCACGAGUUCGAGCCCCAACCCGAAGUCCUGCGGUCCAUGCCGUCCCACCCGGUGUACCGGACGGUGGAGUCCUUUCUCCGCCGCAAACUUAUCGAGCACGACGUACACACGGAACGCGGUGCCGAAGAAAGGCCCAGAUCCGUCGCGAUAUCGCUCUCCGGCGGCGUCGACUCGAUGGUCCUCGCGACGAUACUGAAAGCCGCGGCGCCGUCGUUUGGCGAUUUCGACGUGGUCGCCAUGCACAUCGACUACGCCAACAGGCCGGAGUCGGGAAAGGAGGCGGAUUUCGUCAGGGGGUGGUGCGAGCGCAAGGGCAUCGUCUGCGUCGUGCGCAGGAUCGCCGAGGUCAAGAGGGGCGUGACGCCGAGGGAGCAGUACGAGGCUGAGUCGCGGGCCAUUCGGUACGGUUUGUACAAGGAGUGCGCGAAGACGCACGGGUUCCCGGCGGUUUUCGUCGGUCACCACGAAGGGGACGUGCAGGAGAACAUCAUCGCGAACAUCUUCCGCGGCGCCAACGUGCUGGGCAUGAACGGCAUGAACGAGGAAGGCGUCGUCGAGGGCGUUCGGAUAUGGCGGCCGAUGCUGCCGCACUCGAAGGAUCCGGUGCUCGACUUCGCGCACACGUUUGGAGUGCCGUACUUUCUGGACACCACUCCGACGUGGAGCACCAGGGGUAAGCUCCGAAACCAGCUCCUCCCGCUGCUCGCGGACAUGUUCGGCGACGGUUUCCUGCGUAACCUGUCGCUGCUCGGCGAGGACAGCGCGCAGCUCGGGAGGAUGGUGGAGGAUUCCGUCUUGGGCCCGUUUUCGAAACGGAUGCGAUUGUCCGACUCGGGGGCGUACGCGGAUUUUUCCGGCGACGAGGACAAGCCGAUGCUCUUCUGGAAAGAGGCCCUGAAGCGGAUGUGCCACGGGCUGGGAUCGGGCAUGAUGAAGGAGCGGUCCGUGCGCGAGCUCAUCGACCGGUUCACCCUCUCCAAGCGACGGUGUGCGAAGGACGGUUGGAUCACGCUGAAGAAGCUGAACAAGACGUUUGUGACGGGGAAGACGCUCGGGAUGUUCUCGAGCGAGUUCUUCCCGCACUACCCUUGGACCGAGAAGAGCGUGUGGUCCGAGCCCGUGGGAACGACCGUAGGGCUAGACGCGGCGGAGCCCACGCGGGUCGGUCCGUGGACGAUCACGGCGCGGGUGGUCCCGAACUCGAUCGAAGGCGUUGCGGCUUUGGAGUCCGCGGCGCCUCUCGACGUCUGGGCGAUCCUCCGCAACGAGAUCACCUACCUGCUACCCCUGACCGAAUCCCACGCGGCACCCGGUGCGUACUACGUGGACACGAAGGCUCGGAUUCCGCCGCUGAGGGGCGUCGACGCGCAGGUCGCGCGGGCGCUUCCGCUGGUGGUGCCCGCUGGACUCGGAGGGGUUUCGGGAGGAGACGGCGUACUCGAGGUCGGGGGAUCGAUUCCCGGCGGGGGCGGGGGCGGGGACGGGUUCAGGGCGAAGUCGUGGCCGCCGUCGCUGCUCCGCGGGGAGAUGUGCGUGGAGGUGACGCUGCGUUUCGUGCGGACGCGGUCACACGCGGUGGACGGGGAAGAAUAG